AUGCUGGUCGAACUGGGCAUCUUGGGCGCACUUGUAGCGAGCAAAGACCAGACAGCCUCUUCCCAACAGCUAGCAGAGGCGUCCAAAUGUGAAGAGGGAGUUGUGGUCCGUUUGAUGCGGCUGGCGUGCUCCCUCUGCUUUUGCGACGAACUGGACGAACAGACAUACCGUGCCAACGAACUCACCAUCAUGUUGGUGCGGCCGGGCUGGCAAGGGGCGAUGCGGUGGAUGGAUAUCAUCUAUCCGGUGACAGCAAACCUGCGGGGCUUUCUGUCCUCGACCGACUUUGGGCGGGUGCCAGACCCGUCGGACACGGCGUUCGAGUACGUGCACAAGAAAACCAUGUGGCGCGUGCUCGAAGAGAAGCCGGACCAGCGGCGGAACUUCGACUUGUGGAUGCACGAGCGCAAACGGCACGAAGAGACGUUGUGGCAUAGACGCUAUCCCGCCUGCGCCUCUUUGUCCCCUGACACGCUGAGGUCCGGGCCGGAUGCUGUCCUCAUGGUCGAUGUUGGUGGUGCCAACGGCUCACAGCUGGUCAACUUCAGGAAGCAGACUCCUCAUCUUCCCGGCCGCUACGUUCUGCAGGAUCUUCCCGAGUCAGUUGCCGCCAUGGUGCAACCUCCCGAAGGCAUCGAGGUCGUGGCCCACGACUUCUUCACCCCGCAGCCCGUCAAAGGCGCCCGGUUCUACUACUUCCGCAACGUAUUCCACAACUGGCCCGAUCACAAAUGCGUCGAGAUACUACGCAACAUUGUCCCGGCCAUGGACCCCGAGUAUUCGACCCUUUUGAUAGACGACUACGUUCUGCCGGACAAGAACGCCCAACUCCGUAGCGCGAUUGCCGAUAUCCACAUGAUGUAUAUGUUCAACUCGUCCGAGAGGACGGAGAGACAGUACAAGGAAAUCGUCUCGCAGGUGGGGUUGGAGAUUGUCGCCGUCUACCCGGCGGGUGUAAACGAGGAGGCAAUCCUCGAGGUUAGGGUAGCGGUUAACAAGUAG